AUGCUUGCGAACGCCCGGGCGACUCCGGCUGAGAGCCAGCAGCAGCAGGGGCAGCAGGCGAAACGACGCCGCGUCACCCAGGCAUGCGUCUCGUGUCGAACACGGAAAUCUCGCUGCAGUGGCCAGCGACCGAAAUGCAGCACCUGUACUGAGUUAGGGCUGACGUGCCAAUAUGUCGUAUCUGCGCAGGCCAACCAGACCGUUUUAGUUGGAAAAGAACACUUUCAAGCGAUUGAAGACCGUCUACACCAUCUCGAGUCUCUGCUCGAAGAGGGUUCGAUAAAUGCCCAGAGCCCGAAGAAAUCAUACAACACUGUAGACACGGCUGAGCACAAUGAUCGCAAUUCUAAUACUCCUAAUCUCAUUUCCACGAGCGAUGGCCCUCUUACUAGCUCUAUGGAAUCGGACGAUCCCACGGAUGGGAUGGGGCAUUUUGUUUUUGCCGAUGAGGAAGAUCGCGCCUAUUUUGGUCCGUCAUCCAAUAUAGCCUUCACGUCGGAUCUGUCUCGGGCGUUGAAACGCAUGUCACGUACCCGAGGCCGGUUAUCACCUGGCAACCAGCAGACCACCACGCUACCAGAGUUUCACAUCGCGAGAGUCUCGCGUCAAAGUUCGCCUGUUCGCCGUGCGGAACCAUGGGAAACCGAGUGUCAUCAAGACAAUAUAUCAACAUCGUCGAUUUUCUACCUGCCACCAGACCAGGAGACGUCAGCUCUAAUCGACCAGUACUUUGCUAACACAGGGCUGCUUUUCCCCUACCUCCACGAAGAGACCUUUCGCGAAACAUAUGCCCAGCUAAAACAUAACAACGCGACAACACGGCGCACGUGGCUUGGGGUCCUUAAUAUGGUUCUCGCCUUGGCCACGCACACGACGGUUCUGCAGAUGGGCCAAGUCGACAAACGUCAGAUACAAUCAGAAACAUUUUAUCGUCGCGCUAAUGGACUUUGCGCGGAGUAUGUGAUGAAUGGAGCAAGUCUAGAGAUUGUAGUCCAGUAUCUGUUGUUAGUCAGCCAGUACAUGCAAGGAACCAAGUCAUCUAUUCAAACGUGGGCAACACAUGGGCUUGCCGUUAAAGUGGCCUUACAACUCGGGCUACAUUCUACAGAAGCCUCCAAGCGAUUUCCCUCUGUUGAGCGUGAGAUUCGAAAGCGGACAUGGUUUGGUUGUAUUGUCCUUGACCGGAGUUUGAGCAUGACAUUUGGCCGUCCUGCCUCGAUCCCAGAGAAUUAUUCUCGACUUGAACUGCCUAUCUAUUUUGAUCUAAUUGAACCACGCGAACGCGUCGUCGAGGCACGACAUCGGUGCCGAUAUAGCACUGACUUUUUCAAUGCCACGAUUCGCCUUUAUUCCAUUCUAGGCAACGCCAUCGAUCUCCUUUACGAAGGAAACCUGGGCAGCGAAGACAGAAUUCUCAACUACGAGCUGUUAACCCGCGUCCUACGUAUGCGUCAUUUGCUCGAAGAGUGGACCGAACAACUCCCCAAACAUAUGGGGCUAAUCCGGGCGCAGAACUGCGCCUCCCAGCUCGGAAAGGACCCAACCAUCGACCGGUUCCGCACCAUCCUGACCCUGCGGUAUCACAAUAUCCGGCUUCUGAUCCAUCGCGUAGUUCUUGUUCGGCUUUGUGACUCGCUUGACGACUUCGACGCAAGGGGCCAAGAUGUUCUGGCCCUGCAGGAUAUCUCCUGGAGCACGAUGCAAAUUGCCAUUGAGUCUGCAACGGAGAUAAUUAACAUCGUCCUCACCGUGGUGGAAUCCGAUUUGGUACGGCGGGGUUUGUUGGGAGCAUGGUGGUUUACACUUUAUUAUAGUAUGUCUUUUUGUUUUCUUCCUUCUUUUCUGAAGGCCAUUCUGUCGAUUAUUGACGCGCAUCCUGCAGCUUUCGAUGCUGCCUUAGUAUUAUUUACCAUAUUCUUACUUACGAAACGAUCUAACCUCCUUAACCUUCCAAAUAUCACACCGGAUUUGACGAAGCAAACAUUUGUCAGUUGUAUUGGACCACUACGGCGGUUGGAUGAGGGCAAUCGGACGAUUGACAAGUGUUGUCGGUGCUUGCAGAGGCUAGCGGAAGCAUGGAAUCUCAUUGGUAUUAUCUUUCUCUCUCUUCUCUUUGGGGAUGGUUAA